AUGGGUGCUAAUGUGGUCAAAGGUGAUAGCCUUGCGCACGAUGGUAGCCUUGCAUUUAUAACCGGUAGUACCUGUGAAGGACAGGCUUAUGCCAGACAGUUAGCUAAACAAAAUAUUCAAGACAUUGACAUAAUGAUCGUUGAAGGAAUAGUAGACAACAAAAAUUCUCUUAUUCCAACAGGUCUAUCUGGUUUUGUUCAGAUUGAAUCCAUAGGUGUUACGCCAAAUGGUACUAAUCAAUUUCAAUCAAAGAUAAAUCGAAACGGUAUUCUAUGCAUCGAUGGUAAGGCUAUGAAAGAGAAGUAUCGUCAAAUGGAAAAAACUGAAAACGUUGGUUUAUAUGAGUCCAGAUUCGACUGCCAUACAAAUGAUGAUUCGUCGAAUGCGAGUGUUCAAGUUACUCAUCAAAUCCAAUGGAUCGAUAAUGCCAAACAAUUUGAAAACGUAAUAAAAAUAGCGUCACAACAACGAAAUCUAUCAAAUUUUUCUCAAUUGAAAAUUAAUUAUUGUAAAUUUUGUAUGAAUAUUCGAUCUUUUCUUGGUCGUGCUAUUUCAAUUCAUUCUCAAUUUUCUUUAUUGCCUAUUGAGAAAGACGUUCAAGAUGUAUGCAUUUUAGCUGGUCGAUGUUACGAUUACCAACUGCCACAAGUACUUUUAGUCAGAUCAUUGGCAUUACUCGACUUUUACGAUAAACAUAAACAUAUUGCAAAUUCAGAUUUUGUACCAGCGUUGCAAUUAAAAUUUUGGCCAGAUAAUGUUCAACCGUUUUUCGAACGAAUAAAACAAAAUCGUCCACAUUUACAUGAUUUAAUAUUGAGUAAAACGUCAAUGCAUGUUGUUACCAAAUGGUCAAAGAAAACGUGUAUUGAUGAACAAGAUUUAGAAUUCCGCUAUUCGUUUUCAGCUGUGGAAAUUUUACUUGCAAAACAUCGUACACCCAAUGAACAAGUCCUAAAUGGUAUUGCAAGAAGUAUUUAUUAUAAAUAUUUAAAAGAAAUACCGCCAGUAUUACCAUCUUAUUUCAUUAAAACAAGUGUUUUGUGGAUGUGUGAAACAAUGAAUCUCAACGAUUUACAAGAAACAUCACUAAGUCUAGCUCAAAAAUGGAUUAAAUAUGUCGUAGAUAUAUUGAAUUCUGGUAAAUGUGCGCACUAUUUUAUUGAUGAUUUCAAUAUUUUUGAACUAUAUACGCCUGAAACUUUGGAAAAAACUAAACAUAUUCUUCUCAAUGAAGUAAAACUCGAUGAAAUAAUCGAAACACACAUGUAUACAGCUCAAAACCAACAAACAUCUUUUGAUACAUUCAAAUUAAAUAAACGAAAUUAUGUAUUUGGUUUGAAAGUAAAAGACGUUUUACCUCUGAUCAACGAUUAUCGUACACUGAAAGAAGAUUGGAUUGGCCUAUUCACGGAGAUUAAACAUCCAAAUAAAGAGUUAAGCGAAGCACUUGAUAUCUUAUCUAGCCUAAGAAGGUUUGAUGGGGAAAAAAUGGAAAAUUGGAAAACAUUUCGAGAAUUAUUUUUGGAUCACAAUGACUCUUCUGAAUAUGCUGAACCUAUUUGGAAUGACGAUGUUGUACAAAACGAAGAUCCCAUAGGUUUUUGUUCAAUGUUGAGCAUGAUCGGUACAGUUUUACAUUUGAUACAACAGAAUAUCGAUGAUUCACCAAAUUUUCUUACACAAAAUGUCCAGACAGAUGAUGUUGAUGUUAAUAAUUAUCAAAAUGUCUUUCAGCCGAUACCAUGGUCUGAUUUGAUGCGUGCAACCAGAUCAAUUCCACUCGAUCAAUCAAUGUCAUCAUUUAGGAAUCGAACCGUACUCGAUGAACAUCCAAACGGCCCUGGAGAGCCUGUUGAACAGGACAACUACAUGCCCCAUUUUAGCAUUAAAGAUGUAUGUCAAAUCGCACCCGAUAAAAACAUGACAUUUAAUGAAGUAGCAAAUUAUUACAAAGAUUAUGCAAAUGAAGAACUCUUCAAACUAGCACGGGCUGUUGAAUUGUCUAUGAAGGACUAUUAG